CAAUCUUUUUGCAACGGCUAUUUCAGACACAUAGCACGCAUUUUUAGCCGUUUGUUUUUAAAAAAUUCUUGACGGCAAACAGUUCAAAAAGAUACCAAACAGAUCAGAAACCCUAAUUGCAACUUCCGUUUAAGUAUAUAAACCCACCAGAUUCAAUUGCUAACUCACACUCACAAUCUCUCUGAAAGCUCAACAACAACGCUCUCAAAGCUCGCUCUCUAACUCUUUCUUUUUCUUUUUAUCUUUUUUUUUUUCUUUUAUCUAAUAUUUCUUUUACAGGUUUUCUGCUGUUUAUCUAUUAUCUUUUAUUUGUUCAUUUGCUUAUCUUUUGUUUAUAUAAAAUUGUGUUUUCAGUAUCUAUCUAUUCUAUUUUUGCCUUUUUUUUUGUUGGAUAUUAACAAAAUGGAUGCAGGAAAAGCACAAUCUAGAUUCCCACUUCAAGAACAGUUUCUUCAAAGAAAGAAUUCUAAAGAAAAUUUGGAUAGAUUUAUACCAAAUCGGUCAGCAAUGGAUUUAGACUAUGCACAUUACAUGUUAACUGAAGGUAAGAAAGGUCAAGAAAACACACUAGUUAGCUCGCCAUCAAGAGAUGCAUACAGGAAGCAAUUAGCAGAAACUUUGAACAUGAACCGCACUCGAAUUCUUGCUUUCAAGAACAAGCCUCCUGUUCCUGUUGAAUUGAUCCCACAAGAACACCUUUCCUCUACUCAUCUUCAGGCUAAACCCACCAAGUCCCAGAGACACAUUCCUCAGACUUCUGAGAGGACAUUGGAUGCUCCUGAUCUUGUCGAUGAUUUUUACUUGAACUUAUUGGAUUGGGGUAGCAGCAAUGUGCUCGCUAUAGCUCUUGGAAAUACAAUAUAUUUGUGGGAUGCUUCUAACGGUUCUACAUCAGAGCUUGUGACAGUUGAUGAUGAAAUUGGUCCUGUUACCAGUGUCAAUUGGGCUCCUGAUGGACGCCACAUUGCCAUUGGCUUGAACAAUUCUGAAGUUCAGUUAUGGGAUUCUGCUGCUAAUAGACAGCUAAGAACAUUGAGAGGUGGCCACAGAUCCAGAGUUGGGGCUCUGGCAUGGAACAACCAUAUCCUUACUACUGGAGGAAUGGAUGGGCAAAUAAUUAACAAUGAUGUCAGAAUUAGGUCACACAUUGUGGAGACCUAUAGAGGGCACCAACAAGAGGUUUGUGGGCUUAAAUGGUCAGCUUCAGGUCAACAAUUAGCAAGUGGAGGCAAUGAUAACCUUGUUCACAUAUGGGAUAGAUCUGUGGCAUCAUCAAACUCAGCUAUACAAUGGCUCCAUAGGCUUGAGGAACAUACUUCUGCAGUAAAGGCCCUUGCUUGGUGUCCAUUCCAAGGAAAUCUGCUUGCUACUGGAGGCGGUGGAGGCGAUCGAACCAUCAAGUUCUGGAAUACACACACAGGUGCCUGCUUGAAUUCAGUAGACACUGGCUCUCAAGUUUGUUCUUUGCUGUGGAAUAAGAAUGAAAGAGAACUGCUUAGCUCUCAUGGGUUUACUCAGAAUCAGCUUACUCUAUGGAAAUAUCCAUCCAUGGUGAAAAUGGCAGAACUCACUGGUCACACCUCUAGAGUCCUUUAUAUGACUCAGAGUCCGGAUGGUUGUACAGUAGCAACAGCAGCAGGUGAUGAAACACUAAGAUUCUGGAAUGUUUUCGGCGUUCCACAAGUGGCCAAAGCUGCUCCAAAAGCAAAUUCUGAGCCAUUUUCCCACUUGACUCGCAUCCGUUGAGGAGGCUGAUGGACACAGAAACUGGAAUUCAUCCAUGAUUGGGACAAGAAGUAAACAUAGCAGCUUCAGAAUUCUUAGGGGCAAACAAACUGCUUGGGUGACAAGCUAAAAUUGGUGGUCUUUGCAGUCGUUGCCCGUGCCCGUCAUUUCAGGACAAGCUAGAAAGGUCCUUAUCAGACAUAUAUACACUUUCUCAUCGCAUGUAGAUACAUUGGAUUGUGAGUUGUGAUGAUCCUAGUGUAAAGUGCCAUUACAGAACAGAAGCGAAGAAUGUACUGUCUAUAUAUACUAAUAGUGAAGCGCUCAAAUCCUUUUUCCCGUGGACGUAGUCACUUAUUUGUGACGAACCACGUAAAUUUCUGUGUUCUCUUCUUCCUAUUCUUUCCAUAAUAUACACACAGCAACUGAGAUCAUUUUAAAAUCUAAUCUUACUUUGUGAAAAUAGUUAGGCCUCUUGUACUUGUGAUUUUAGGGAUUCAAUCUGGACUGUGGUAAUGAAUUCCUUGCAAAUAGGCAAACAUAUGAGGCUAUGAUAGGACAUAAAUCUUAUUGAGAAAUUAGUUUUAGCAGCAUCUGCAAUUAUUAGAUGGUCCAGUUUACUGCAGGUCAGAUCACUGAAAUGAUGUUACUGAAGAACUUGAAUUUUUAUUAGGGUUUUGUGUGAAGAUGGAAAGAGGCUGUCUAUUUAUUACAUACAAUGUUUUGGAGGAUUCCUGUUAUAUACAAAGUAAAUUUAUCCCAGCUUUGGUUAAA